UCUUCAACUGAUCCUAUUUUUUACAUCUUUAAUUUAGAGCUUUGCUCUUCACUCCUCCACCUUUUUCCUUUUUACAGGCUUACAUGUGCCUGUACGUAUAUUGAGACAACACUGAAAACUUUAGCAAGGACUGGCAUCCUCUAUGCUUCACUUUCCCCAGGCCCACAAUGUGAUUUCCCCAGCUGAUCCCUUAGUUCAGCUCUUCUGGGGCCAGCCAAUGUGGCACAAACUAUUGCACCCGCUCUCUGGCUCCCCUCCUCACAAAAGACUAAAUAUGUUCUUCCCACACAAUGGUUGAACUCCACUGGCCCAGAGCCUGUGAACACUGAAUGGUCUUUCUGAUUCAAUUAAUUCAGCAGAAUUACACCAGCCCAUUACCCCCCGCCUCAUCCCAUGGAAGCUUAAGAGAUUGUUUCCUUUAGUUUUACCAAGACCCAUAGAGCAUCAUCUUCCUUCACUGAAGCUUACAGCAAAACAAACUUGCUGAGAGAGUCCAUAUCAGACACCAAAAUAUAUCACAGGAAAAGCAGCAAGAUUUUGCAAGGCUCAAGGAUUUCCAGUUCAUCAGUGGCUAACCAAGAAGGAGCAUCUCUUCUACUAUUAUGUGAUACAGCUACAUCUGUAGAAGCUUCCAGUUAAUGUGCACUGCAAUAGUGAGAAAAUUUGCUGGUGACAUCCGAGAAAGGAAACCUCUAAGCCCUACCACUGUACCAUUAACUAUUGUCCUCUACAAGAUCUGAAAAGUAUGAAGGCUGUAGCUCUCUUCAUUUGUCUUGUAGGAUCAGCUUUUGCUAUUCCAACCCAUCCCUUAAAUUACAACCUCGGAACCCAUGGACAGAAAACUCCAGAAAAGACUGAAGAUAUUCAUCCUGAAGCCCCAAAGGAAGAGAACGCAGGGUAUGUAGACAAGGGUGAUUUGCUGCCCAGUCACAAAAACCUAAAACCAGAGGUAUCAGUACCAGACACUGAGCACAGGGAUGAGCCCCAGACCACUAGAAAACAAGGAAGAACUGGUAGUGAGCAUCAAGUGAAAAAUAGCCUAAAAAGCAUCAAUUUCCUUGUGCUGCACAACAAACCAGGUUUGGCUUCUGAUAACCAGGACAGUGACUCUGGAAGCAGCAGCAGAGAACAGUCCAGCUCUGAGCAUUACCACUUCAGAAGACAUGAGAAACACAGCAAUACAGCUAAUCAACAUGUUCUGGGCAACACAGAAAAUCCCAUGGAUGCUCUCAGUCUCCAUCAUGAGCAUAACAUGUGGAAAUACAAUAAAAAUACAGCUGGCCUAUCUGAGAAAAACAGUGAAAGUGAUGAAGAAAGUGUGGAAGAAGAGAAUGAGGAAUGGGAUAAAGCAACUGAUUACAGAGAAAUGAAGCACAAAGGCCACCAGACAAAUCAAAGCAACCAAUACGAAAGACAGCAAAAUGAAAACAGUAUGCAAUCUGAUGAAAUCCCGAGAGAUUCCAGUCAGCCAAGCUGGAUAACCAAGAGACAUGGUCAAAAAUUUAACCUAGAGGAAGAAGGGAGGGAGAACAACCAGAAGCACUAUAAAGAAGAAAUCCCCCUCUCUCAAAAAACCCAUAAUGAAGAUCAGGAUGACAAGUGGCAAAGCCGAGAGAGGAAAGACAACAUUCAAGUAAGCUAUCAGAGUGAUCAUGACACAGUGGUGAAAAGGCGAGAUAGAGAGGACAGUAACGUUGAUGAGGAUGGUCAUGACAGUGGUGAUGCUGACAGCGAAGAUGAUCUCAGCAAUAUCUGGAAAGAAGCUGCCUAUGAGAAAGAGGAGAGAAUCCAGAGCAACGACCAGGAGAGCACCAGUACUGAGCACGAAGGGGAAGCAACCCCUGAAGAUGACACUGCAGUUCGUGGAGAGACCAAGUAUUACCAAGAUGUCAAAAUUAAAGACCUUAUUCACACUGAACAAGAUGAUUAUGAUCAUGAGCCACCUAAUUCUGACAGCAAGCAACAACUGGAAAUGAGUAGCUCUGUUCAGAGCAUGAAUUCAAUGGAAAGUAAAGAUAAGGUUAAGACUACAGGCAGUUCCUAUGGCAAGAUGGAAAGUGCAAUCAACAGGAGUGAGAAGGCUCUCCUGGACCCAUGUAGGAACUUCCACUGCAAAAGAGGUAAAGUCUGCCAUGCAGACAAACAAGGGAAACCCAGCUGUAUUUGCCAAGAUCCUGCUGCUUGCCCUCCUACUAAAGACUAUGAGCAUGUCUGUGGUACAGAUAAUAAGACUUAUGAUGGUACAUGUCAACUCUUCGGCACCAAAUGUCAACUUGAAGGGACAAAAAUUGGACGCCAGCUGCACCUAGACUAUAUGGGCUCCUGCAAAUACAUCCCCCACUGUACUGAUUAUGAAGUGGAUCAGUUCCCCCUCCGGAUGCGAGACUGGCUCAAAAACAUCCUUAUGCAGUAUUAUGAACGUGAUCUGGAUACUUCUGGUUUUCUAACUGAAAAGCAAAGGAGCAAGGUCAAAAAAAUCUACCAGAAUGACAAGCGUCUCAUGGCUGGCGACCACGCAGUUGAGCUGCUCCUGCAUGACUUUGAGAAAAAUUAUAACAUGUAUGUGUACCCUGUGCACUGGCAGUUUCAUCAGCUUGAUCAGCACCCUGUUAACAGAUUAUUAACACACUCUGAGCUUGCGCCGUUGAGAGCCUCCCUUGUUCCCAUGGAACACUGCAUAACCCGUUUCUUCCAAGAGUGUGAUGGAGACCAAGACAAACUCAUUGCUUUGAAGGAAUGGUGCCACUGCUUUGGGAUUAAGGAAGAAGACGUAAAUGAAAAUCUCCUGUUCUGAGCCUGGCUGAACAGAAUCCCAGUGCUGCAUUGAAACUGGUGAAAUACGUGAAUCCCGUUUAUUUCUGUAAUUAACAGCUUCAUAGUUUUCAGGACAAAGGUGGCAUAAGGUUCACUGCAUUCUUACCAAAUAACAAGUACAGAAAAGUUCUACAUUUGUUAACAGCAGAAAAAUUUAAUUACUCCAAGCGGUUCAUACCUAAACAACCAGUAUUUUCCCAUACAUGUAUACAUGACCUCUCUGAAUCAAUAAAUAGUACUAACCUGAUGACUGAGCUGUGCAUGAAACUCUUCAGUAGGAUAGUAGGAUGUGAAUUUUACCAUACACUGAAGAAAAUUAUCUUGAAAUAGGACUUGUUUACUUACUGUAUUGUCAGUUUAACAUUCUGUAUAGAAGCCUCAAAUAAAAUAAAAGUCUACCUAGAUGUAUGGGGUUUGUCAGAACUCUGUCAAAGAAAAGGUGGCAAGGCAAUGGUUCAAUGGAAAUCUCAUUGUACAUUUAAGGGAGAAGAAACUAGCUUAUAGAUCAUAUAAGCCAGUCAUUAAACCAUAAUUCCUAGAGUGCAUGAAAAAAAAUCAGCACUUUUCAGAUACUUCUUCCCCUACCUCUUGAAAUACAACAGUAAAAUAGUACCAAGGCCACAGUUCUGCUGACAAACUGUGUAAUGAGCUAAUUGCAUGAGCAUGGUAGGUGUGGAUGUGUGUCAAAAGUCUGAUUAGAAACAGGUCACAAGGAGCAGAGGCUAUCACAGCUCCAACACCUCCUUAUUCUCCUUAGCAGGCACAUUGUUCCUUCCUCCCACAGAAGCACCAACUACUACUACCACUUUUCCCAAGAAAGAAAUGCUAACUGUUUCUUUCACCAUCUUCCAACUUUUGCUUCCCUGAAGACAGGCACAAUUUAGGCAUAAAAAAAACCCUCAGAUAAAAUGAGAUUAUAUCUGAAUCCCAUUAACUUUGCAAUUUUAAACCAAGCACUUUACCAAAAGCCAGGCAUGCUCUGCUAUAAACAAGAAGCCCCAAAUGCUAUUCCUACAAAGGAAGAUCAGAAAACACAUUUCCAAUGGAGAAAAAAAAAAAAAAAAAAAAGGAUUCAGAAAUGUUGUUUUGGUAACUCAAAUAGUGGAAGUCCACUCACCCCUCAUUAAUUUGCUCCUCAGUCCAGCUCCAGCCUGAUGCCCUGGGAGACAAUGAAUCAAGCCACAGUUAUUUUCAACACAGGAGUUUCUUAUACAAAAGAUUCUUUCCCAUCAAAACCAGUUUCACCAAUAGUUUCUCCUGUCAUCCUGACUUGUCACCCACUUCACAUUCUGUAACAUCACACGGCAGUGUAUAGAAAUCAACAAAAGCAUAUUCUCCACAUUAAUUCCAUUUGAAAAAGAUCCUUUCUCUGGGACUUCAAAUGUCUCAGAGAAAAAGUAAUUUUGACAGCAUUUUUUCUGCCUGAUUGAAGCCUAUUGCUUAUUUGCUCUUUCUACAGCAAAGAGUCAGCCACCUUAAAACAAUCAAAUACAGUUCACACAAGGACAACUCGUAAACAACUGACAUUCUCCACUGAGACCAAUAGUCACCAUUGCUCCACUCAAACCAUGUACUAGAAAAAGAUAAAAUAAAAUUGAAUUUAUCAGGGGAAACAGGGAAGAUUUUCCUUUGAACAAUCCAAGUUCUGACAGGGUAAACAAUGACAGAUGAUUACAGAUGUAGAUAUAUGAAGCACAUAACAUAUUAAGGGCAGAUCAGCAUCCCACCUGUUUGGAAAUUCUCAAUGAUGCUGCCACUUCCACUUUCCCACUACAAAACACAGAAAAGGAGCAUUUGCUAAUGUAUGCAGAGAUAGCUGCUACGGUCACAGUACGAGAAAAAUUUUCACCCAAGUUCACAAGUGGGCAAGUACCACCAAUAUUUAAUCUACAAAUUACAAGAACAUUAAGAGUAAGGGCGAUAAAUGAAAGCUAGUUUCCCAACCAGUACUUUAACUAUAUUGUUACUAUUCUACAUUAACUUAUAAACACUUUAUUAUUUCUUCAUUUUGUGAAGUAGGUAUGAUAAAGGCAGUGAUAAUUUUUUUGACCUUCUGUAGACUUGUUUCCAUUUAGUUUUAAUGAACCUAAAUUAAACGUCUGUUUAGUUAUAAGUAUUUUCCCUUUCCACAAGGGAGAAUCAAAGGUGAGAUCACAUUCCUACCAAGACUCAGGCACCGUUUGAGACACAUACAGACACACACCCAUGUUGACAUACGUAUGCACAUAUGGAGAGCACACUCACAAAUGCACUCACUGCUCUCUCAAACCACGGCACAAUCUUAUGCACUGCAUGCAGCUGGUUAUAACACAAACAGGACUAAAAUUAUCUGGCCUACUGACUAUUUCAGCUAAAACAGCAGGUUAGUGUUAAGGGAGAAGAAAAGCAGAUGGGGAUAGAUGUUUUUAGACAUGUCCAUUAAGGGCUAUCAAAGUCCAGGAUGCAGCCACAACUUUCAACCCUAAUGAAAGGCUAACAACACAUGGGAUAUUCCAGGAGACACAUCAACCUGCACUUCCUCUCUCCUCUUAUUCUAAGCCAAAGCACUCAUUCCUACAGAUGUAACACUUGAAUCCUUCCCUCUGAUCCAGGACAACCACUGCUAAAUCCUCUGGAGAUCCAAGUCUGGCCUCAGGAUCUAGAAUCAUGUGUCAGGGCAAGUGUCUAUCAGCUACAUGCACUAAUCCUGGCGACAAUAAAUUCAACAGAAAGGGCUUGCUCUCAUCCAUUUAGGUCUCACUUGCUCUGAGGUAGGACAUUCAGCUCUCAAGGCAAUCAUGAGCUCCUCCUCCAUUAAAUGUGGCUUCUUUGGGUCAUUGCAAGUAGAGCUUUCCAGACAACACAAACAGGCUUCAAAACAGAAAAAAAAAAGUUAAGCUGUAUUUUGUUAGUUUAAGCUUAAUAACAGACCAUAAAUACCACAAACAACACUACCUCUGUCCAGUUUCCACCAACUGACACCAAACAGCAGUUAACUCACAAAAUCUUUCCUCCAAAAUUUAGUGAAAUUACUCAGUUAAGUGGGCUCCCUCUGUGCAAAGAGGUGCAAGGAUGCCAUCCAAUAUUAACAAACCAGAAAGAAAUAGCUGCCAAAGGUAAGCUGGCUUGUCUCUUAAAAGAAACUUAGCAAUCUAAAUUUCAUUUUCAAAGCAGCUCAGUCUCCUUAUCAGUGCUGUACGGACACCAGAUGUGUUUGCAUUCAUUUCUAGUCCUCCUGGUUGGUCACAUGGAAGACUCCAAAGAAAGGAGCACAGGUGAUCCUGUGGAUUCUGGCUCAUGCCAACAGGGGUGGGGUUGCACUUUUACACUUGUAGUAGACACUGAUCAGCUCUGCAUGAAUGCUUCCCCAAAAAAAACAUCCUUACACUAUAAACUCUGGAUUACAUGUUCUUCCUCUCAAUAAUGGCCUUGCACACACUCUACAAUAGAACCAAUUAGCAUUUCAGCAAAUUUCCCAAAUAUAUCUGAAGCGUAUUUCCAUGUUUAUCUGGUUUUGAUUUUGGGGGGUUUUUUGUUGGGAUUCUUUUGGGGUUUUUUUGGGUAGUUGUUUGUUUUAUUGUGGUUUGUUUGUUUGUUAACACAGCCCCUCUUAAUAGUUAUUUUCACCGAGGAUGUGGACAAUCUUUCCAACUAGUCAACAAAUAACUGAAAACAAGCAUGCCAGUGUAGAAAAUCCCAGGAAAAGCAUGUUUUCUUCUUUUGCUGUUUCAUGCCUAUGCUUUAUGAUGACCAGUAUCUACUCUACUGCUCCCACAACAGGCAAACAGGAUGCUUUGUAACAAAUUUACAGUUCACCUUGCAUCCUUAUGCUGCAAGUGCAUGUGUGAUCCAACGAGGACUUUAUGCCCUCAGACAUAUCCCCA